GUCCAGAAAUCGUGUCCAAAUAGCAUUUCCCUUAUUUUAAGUGUCACAAAAGAGUAACGAGUUAGAUUGAUUCCAUUCCAACACAGAACAUCUUUCACUCUCUUUCUCUCUCUAGAAAUGGCUGCAGCGAUUGGUCUGAACGGAGCAAAGCUGGGAACAGCAUCAUCUCAGGCGUAUCUUGAAGGGAAGGCAGUGAAGGAAACCAAAGCUCUGAUGGCGGAACUGUGUCGCCACUUUUACAGUUUGGGAUGGGUUUCAGGAACUGGUGGCAGCAUCAGCAUCAAAGUUCAUGAUGAUUCCAUUCCCAAACCUCAACAACUCAUUCUCAUGUCCCCUUCUGCUGUUCAGAAAGAAAGAAUGGAAGCAGAGGAUAUGUAUGUGUUAUCCGACAAUGGGUCAGUUUUGUCUGCCCCAUCUCCCAAACCUUACCCACAUAAGCCUCCCAAGUGUACUGAUUGUGAUCAACUUUUCAUGAAGGCAUAUGAAAAGCGUGAUGCUGGGGCUAUUAUCCAUAGUCAUGGGAUGGAAUCUUGUCUUGUAACAAUGAUCAAUCCAUUUUCAAAGGAAUUUCGAAUUACUCACAUGGAGAUGAUAAAAGGGAUCAAGGGGCAUGGUUAUUAUGAUGAACUAGUGGUCCCAAUUAUUGACAACACGGCCCAUGAACAUCAACUCACAGAAUCUUUUACUAAAGCAAUUGAAGACUACCCAAAAGCAACAGCAGUGCUUGUUCGUAACCAUGGGAUAUUUGUUUGGGGAGACUCGUGGAUCAGUGCUAAAACUCAGUCCGAGUGCUACCAUUACCUCUUCGAUGCUGCUAUUAAACUUCACCAAAUGGGAUUGGACUGGUCAACUCCAAAUCAUGGUCCGAUACAAAGUGCACGAAGGGGUUUAAGUAUUGCUGGGGAGUCAAAUAUCUCCGCAAAGGCAAGAAAAGAUAAUGGUGACAUUGAUCCACAUCCACGUUGCAUUGUUCUUGACAUUGAAGGAACUACUACUCCCAUAUCAUUUGUUUCAGAGGUUCUCUUUCCGUAUGCCCGUGAUAAUGUUGGGAGGCAUCUUUCUGCAACAUAUGAUACCGCUGAAACUAAAGCCGAUAUCAAGUUGCUUCGCUCCCAAGUUGAAAGUGACCUUGAACAAGGGAUUGCAGGUGCUGUGCCUAUCCCCCCAGAUGAUGCUGGGAAAGAUGAAGUUAUUGCUGCUAUAGUGGCUAAUGUGGAUGCUAUGAUCAAAGCGGAUAGAAAGAUCACUGCCUUAAAAGAGUUGCAGGGUCAUAUAUGGCAAACGGGUUAUGCGAAUAAUGAAUUGGAGGGAAUAGUUUUUGAUGAUGUACCCGAAGCUCUGGAAAAGUGGAAUGCCUUGGGCAUAAAGGUGUACAUAUAUUCUAGCGGCAGCAGGUUGGCGCAAAGGCUAAUAUUUGGAAAAACAAACUAUGGGGACCUAAGAAAGUUUCUAUCUGGGUUUUUUGACACCACAGUGGGGAACAAAAAAGAGACACAAAGUUAUGUUGAAAUUUCUCAGUCACUUGGUGUUGAUAAGCCAUCGGAUAUUUUAUUUGUCACUGAUGUAUAUCAAGAAGCCACAGCUGCAAAGGGAGCAGGUUUGGAGGUGAUAAUUUCUAUUCGACCCGGAAAUGGACCUCUCCCUGGAAGCCAUGGGUUCAAGACAGUUAAGUCCUUCUCGGAUAUCUAAGAGUAGUUGCAGUCAUCUUUGAUGAUAUUAAACGUUAUGAUAAUUAAGGACAUUGUAACGUUUACUUCUUAAUAUGAAAUAAUGUAUUUCAAAUCUCAACAAGUUUCAGAUAUAACUUGCCUCUUUUCGAAAACAAAAUGUAAAUAUGGUUAUGUUGCAUGCAUUCUCAUUAGCAUUAUUAUAUAAGGCACAUUCUAGUGCAGAUGAGGCAUAUUCUUAGUUGUCAAACAAAAUUUUACUUGUGAAUCAUGAGUCAAAAAGACUUGUUAGAUCGUUGAAGACUUGUCAUGGAUAUGUGCUAACUGUAAGAAAUUUUUCUCGAA